GCGUCAUUGAGUCCGGAUUAUUGGGGCGCAUCCCGGCAUCCGGCGUCGCCAGAUUGGGCGCCAUUUCAUCAUCAUUAUCACUACUCAAAUCUACAAUCUAUCAGUUUUCUUUCUACGCUAAACACAAAUUCCAGAAAAGUUUGAUCAUCGGCUACAGAGAGGGGAAUCAGAAGGGAUCUAUCUCUCUUAGCAUUUUUAUCCUCCAAGGAAAUCAAACAAAAUCCAUCGAAUCUCUGCUCUGCUCCGCUCCGCUCCAGCAUCGUCAAGGUCCGUCAGCUUCAUCUUUUACCCCUUGGGAUAUGAAGGUUGGAGAAUGCCUUCAUCUAGUUUGAGAUAAUAUAAUGGAUAAAAAGGAUCCUGAUGAUGGUGAGGCAGCCCAAGUUUUACCUGUCAAAGUAGACAGGUUUGGAUUUGCUAAGCAGGAAUUCAGCAACUCUAAUGAUGGUCUAGCUAAAAAUAGAUCGGCUUGUGACUGUGAAAGGGAGGAAAGGAGGAUUAGGAAAUGGAGGAAAAUGAUUGGUGUUGGAGGAAGUGACUGGAAGCAUUAUGUGAGGAGGAAACCUCAAGUUGUUAAGCGGCGUAUCAGGAAAGGAAUCCCUGAUUGUCUUAGGGGUCUUGUUUGGCAGUUAAUCUCAGGAAGUAGAGACCUCUUGCUGAUGAAUCCUGGUGUAUAUGAGCAACUAGUAGUAUACGAAACUUCUGCUUCAGAGCUUGAUAUAAUUCGAGAUAUAUCGCGCACCUUCCCUUCACACAUAUUUUUUCAGCAAAGACACGGACCUGGUCAGAGGUCCCUCUACAAUGUCUUAAAGGCAUAUUCAGUUUAUGACAGAGACGUUGGAUAUGUUCAGGGAAUGGGUUUUGUUGCUGGUCUGUUGCUUCUGUACAUGAGCGAAGAGGAUGCGUUCUGGUUAUUGGUUGCAUUAUUGAAGGGAGCUGUCCAUCCUCCAAUGGAAGGUUUAUAUUUGUUAGGUUUGCCUCUGGUUCAACAAUACCUUUUUCAGUUUGAUCAAAUAAUGAGAGACGAAUUACCGAAGCUUGGAGAGCAUUUCACCCAAGAGAUGAUAAAUCCAAGCAUGUAUGCAAGUCAAUGGUUCAUAACUGUAUUCUCGUAUUCUUUUCCAUUCCACUUGGCUCUUCGAAUUUGGGAUGUCUUUCUUCACGAGGGUGUUAAAGUAGUUUUUAAAGUCGGGUUAGCACUUUUGAAGUAUUGCCACGACGACUUGAUAAAAUGCCCGUUUGAGAAACUGAUUCAUGCUUUACGUAAUUUCCCUGAAGAUGCAAUGGACCCUGAUACUUUGUUGCCCCUUGCUUACUCCAUCAAGGUAACAAAGCGUUUGGUGGAUUUGAAAUUUGAAUAUGAAAAGAGAAAUGAAACAAAACCCGGAAAAAGCAGUUGAAGGAGGAAGGAGGAGCAAAGUAAAUAUAAACAAUUGUUAAUUUCUUUGACCGAUUGUUGUUUAUGGUAUAAAUACUGAUAAAAAUCCUUUUAAAUCUGUCAUAUUCCUGUUUGUUUGUUUGUGUAUAUAUAUAAUGAAUGAUGAUGGUCUUCUCUUUGUCUGUC